AGACAGCAGAAAGCAAGAGUCUGAAUAACUUUCACACAUUACAGCUGCUUGCGAAUCUUUUGGGGAUCUUCAACUCUCUGGUUAAUUUGUGGAAUACUUUUCACAGAGGUCUGGACUGACUAAAAUCUUUUUCCUGCUGAAAAAAAAAAAUGGCACUCAGACAAGACUCCGAUAAAGAACCACGAAUCGAGCUCUUCAUAAAAGCGGGUCAUGAUGGAGAGAAUGUGGGGAACUGUCCCUUCUGCCAGAGACUCUUCAUGGUUCUUUGGCUGAAAGGAGUGAAGUUCACAGUAACCACUGUUGACAUGAGGAAGAAGCCAGAAGAGCUAAAAGACUUAGCUCCAGGUACCAACCCUCCUUUCCUCCUGUACAAUGGCACGCUGAAGACCGACUUCAUUAAGAUCGAAGAGUUCCUGGAGACCACCCUCGCCCCUCCCCGGUAUUGUGCAUGUCUGUUAGCUCAUGUAAUGCCAUAUCAAACAUAUUGGCUUCACUUUGACAAAAAAAACACUAUAAUGUACUAUAUCACUCUUAAAUAUGUUUUUUCUCUACUGUUUGAUUCCUCAGUCCACGAAAAAGCCUUAUUGAGGGAGUUUAAGCGCCUGGAUGACUAUCUGAACACUCCGCUUCAGGAUGAGCUGGAUCAAAACAUCAGCGAAUCCAAAAGAAAGUUCCUUGAUGGCAACCGCUUGACACUGGCAGACUGCAACUUGUUACCAAAGCUGCACGUCAUCAAGGUUGCUGCCAAAAAGUACUGCAAUUUUGAGAUUCCUGCUCAGUUCACUGGAGUGUGGCGUUACCUGCAGAAUGCAUAUGAGAGAGAAGAGUUCAGCCAGACCUGUCCAGCUGAAAUUGAAAUUGAGAAAGCCUAUCUGAGUGUGGCCAAGAGGAACUGAGCUUCAGAUUAAUGAAGCAAUAUUGUGAUUAAAAUGUUUAAAUAGUGUAAAUAAAACUAAAUAAAAGGUUUAUAGCCAUCUACAUAGUUGUAGUUCACAGGUAUAGAAAUCUAUUACAGUGAAGACAAAAAAAAAAAAAAAACACACCACACCACACACAGUUUGCUUUCAUUGUGCCUGCGAUCUUAAAGCCCAUUAGAUUUACUAGAAUACUUCUGAGUGUCUGCUACAGUCAAAUAGGCUUUAUUCUGGUAGUUUUAGAGGUUAUAGGAUCCUUUGCAAAUGAUCUUGAGCACAACAGUCAACAGAGUUGUGCUUUUAACUGCAUAUCAUAUGUAAUUGUUUUUUUGUGCAUAUUUGUGUAUAUAUAUAUUUUACAUUCAUUAGGGCGUAUUCAGUUACAUGUAAUGUAUACCUAAAAAGUCUAUGUGUUUUAAUCAUCUGUAGGAUUGAGCUAAAAACACUGUAGAGACAAAAGUUUAGUCAAAUCACGCGCAGAACUGGAGUCAGUGAGUCAUGCGGCAGUAAUGGUUGUUUUGUAUUAAGGGUUAUUGUGAUGGAUGUAUGAGUUUAAGAA